UGGGUGCACCCGGCAUCCCCCCGCUGUCCAAAACAGACCCAUGCAAUUUGCAUUUGCAGGCUGGUGCUGGGGUAAGGACACAACGUAUCUUAUUUUUGUUUUUUUAACACAGGAUUGUUUUACUUUCUUAGUGGGUGACUAGGGCUUGUUAUUGCGGACUAGCUGUGUGAUAACUGCCGCAGCGUCGGGCCACCCACCAUCUGUGGAAGUGGGACAAGGGAACAGAUGGCGCAUCCAAGCCGGCCUGCAGGGCUGCCGACGCUGACGGUUAGGACAGCACUGGGGAUGAGUAUCAAUCAUUAAAAAUACAAGGCUGUCGUUGGCUGUUGCAGAGUGUGUUCUUGCAGACUUGGCGAUGCCAGAGUGACUUGGGAGAAGAGCGUUUUUUGACGGGAAGCAUCGCAAGAUUGACCAAAUUGAUGCGCGACGACUCUACCACUGGCAUAAACUUAAUCCCCUAUUUUGACGUGUCUCCGCCUCGGUGAACAAUGGUUGACAACCGCUACGCUACGGCUCUGGUCAUCGCCUGUGUGCUGAGCAUACUGGCCACCGUGUACCUGUCUGUGGCCAUCGGGACGCAGCACUGGUACCAGUACAGCAGCCCCACCGUGCGCGGGGAGGCCAACGUGUCCGAGCUGCGCUCCCUGUAUGAGGAGUUCAUGGACGGGGAGUUUGACGAGAAAACCUACAGCGACACCCUGUUCCGCCUCAACGGGACCGUGGGCCUCUGGUGGCGGUGUGUGCUCGUCCCUGCCAACACUCACUGGUACAAAGAGCCAGAUGCCAAGAUGGUGCUGGAGUGUCGAAGCUUCACUCUACCUCAGCAGUUCACUCCCAAGUAUAAAGAGCCAGGAAACCACAACAGUGGAGAGGACAUGGUUCGCACCUACUUGUGGAGGUUCCAGUUUCUGCUGCCACUGGUAUCCCUGGGUCUAGUGGUGUUAGCAGGCCUGACUGGGUUCUGUGCCUGCCUUUGCCGAAGCCUCACCCCCACCCUUGGCAUAGGAGUACUUCACCUGCUUGCCGGUCUCUGCACCUUAGCCACAGUGUGCUGCUACCUGGCCGGGAUGGACCUGCUUCACAGGGUGUCGAUGCUGCCUGAUAAGGUGGAUGGCUCACUGGGCUGGUCCCUCUACUUGGCGCUCAUUUCCUCACCGCUCCACAUGAUGGCUGCCGCACUGCUGGUGUGGGCGGCACGCAGCCACAGUCAGAACUACUACCGCAUGACAGCCUACCGGGUGGCAUAGACUGAGAUUCAGCCCUGGAUGCCCUGUUUAAAUUCAUACCCCCAAUCUGACACCAAGAUGCAUUUUAUAAUGAUCUCAGAAGAAUGGGAUGUGGGUUAAUCUGUGCCCUCUGAUGGAUUAAAGUGCAUGUACUCUAUAGAAAUGACUAUCUGCUGCAUUAAAGGAUUUGAUCUUUAUCUCUCUAAGGGUUAUUUGAAAAAGAUAAACUGUGCAUAUAGUACAACAUAUGUUUGAUUCAGAGUAACGUAACACCAAGCUGAAAAGCAUCAGCUGUGUCCCAGUUUCAUAUUACACAUUUCAUUCAUUCCAGGUUCUGAACAUGUGCAUUUAAUCUCGAAAAGUCGGUCAAUUAAAGGAUGAUUGCGGCACUCACCAAGUUUGUUGCUGAUAGGUAAGAUUGCAGCAGCUUGUUUGAGGAAGCAAGAAACACGAGUCAACAUGUCAAGUCAUGUCAAAUCAACAUGUUCAGACAAGUUUUAGUCCCCACUUUAGCCACACUUAUUGGGAAGAGAAAAUACUGCAACAAAUUAAAUGAUUACUCAAACAGGUUUAAGGUUUACCAAUCUUACUUUCUUGACCUGUAGGAUUUGAUUAUAGGAAUCUUGCUUAGUUCCUAAUGUUCCCAAUGUUAUCAUAAUAGCAGAAGCAUAACCCGCACAUCACAUUUUAAAACAUUUUGAUCUGGUCAAGAUCUGACUGGAAUCAAUCCAGUAAAAAAUUGGAAAGCAAAAACAUAGAAAUAAUAGUUUAAAUGGUAGUUUCACUAUUAGCUAUGUGGUAUGUCACUGGGACACACCUUUAGGUUGAUGAACAACUCUGGACGUCAAUUUCAAAUCUAUUGCAUUUGUGAUCACACCCAGCAGCACAUUUGGGUGUGGUGACUUUUGCCCGAGCUGCACAAGGUAUACUGGACACACCUUCAGUAUGUUUCUAAGCACUGCAGCAACAAAAACCUUGUACAAAACAAUAUUUAUUUUGAGGAUGGCUAUUGUAUAAUAAGUCUUUUACUUCUGCUGCUCAAACAGUCUGGGAAUGCGGGCGUCAAUGAAGAGUACAGUGAGCGAAACACUGGUGACUGUUGCGUAUCUGUUUCUGUUUUGUUUAAAUUCUGCCCAACCCUUUUUUUUUUAAAUCUCAAGUGACAUUUAUCCACGGCCAUUGUUAAGGUCAGACUGUGUUUGUUAAUAAUUUGUUUACCCAAUGCAUUGUUUUCUUUACUCUUUUCAAGUAUAUUUUUAACAUUUUGACUGAUUUUAUAGGCUUUUGUAGAAAACAUUUUUCAACAUAGUAGUUUUUUCACCAUUUUGUGUUUUGUUUGCCCAUAUAAAUUGGUUCCCACAUCCUUUUGUCAAUUCAGCUGUGUUUGUUAUUAAUAAUUUAUAUUUGUUUAUUUAUUUUUUAUUAAUUUAUUAUCACCAUUUCAAUUCAACAGGAUUUAGGGGAAAGAGUUUCCCUGUUAGGCAUUAUGAAUGUAAUUUAAAGGCCAUAUUGUGAUGAACUACAGUGUUCCUUUGCACUUAAAUUAUUAUUGAACAUAUCCUGAAUAUUGCUGUAGUGGUCAGUAGUGAAUUUCUAUUAUGUAAAUGUCUCCAAAAUAUAUACAUUACAUACAUUUAGAAAAAAAAAUUAAUUUUUACCCUAAAAGCCAUGCUAUGUGUGUCCAGAAAUAUAUAAAUCACCACCACUCACACGGUUUCAUAAACUAAAGAAUGUCUGUGAAAUGAUGCACUGUGUGUGGUCUGAUAGGUCUUGUGAUAAAUCAGAUUGUAUUUUGCAUAUUUAGUCUUUUAAUUCAAGAAGUUGUUCUAUCCCUGAAUCCACUGUAGCGUAAAUAACAGCAAAUGUCACUGUAUGACUGCUUUUUGUGAAUCUACAAUGACGGUGUUGUUCAUUCUCCAGUUGUGAGCUGAAGCUAAA